CCGCCUGUCAGCCGUAGACUGGUAGAAAUCAGAGACGCCUAUCUGCCAUCGUCAUUGUGUUUAUAAUAGCUGAUUUUUUGCUGAAUUUAAUUCUUUACUAAUAUUUUGUGAAAAGCGUGCAAAGCCACGCCGAAUAGAGGCUUAUUACAUGAUUUAAGCACUAAUUGAUCUGAAAGCUAUAAUUGAAAACGUCAAAAUGGCUUGGCGUUUUAAAGCAUCUAAAUAUAAAAAUGCAGCUCCUAUUGUUCCUAAACCAGAAGCUUGCAUUAGGGACAUUUCAGUUGGUUCCUAUCAAACUUAUGGCAAUAAUAUUACAGCAUCUGCUGCAUUUAUGGCAUUUAAUGUAGAUCAUAAUGGAUCUAAUCUUGCUGUAUUACCAUUGGAAGAUUAUGGAAGAAAAAGCAAAACUAUGCCUUUACUUCAUGCUCAUGCAGAUACAGUAACCGAUAUGGAUUUUUCUCCAUUUCAUGAUGGUUUAUUAGCUACUGGUUCUCAGGAUUGUCUUGUUAAGCUAUGGCACAUUCCAGAAGCUGGCUUAGAGGAACCUCUGUGUAAUCCUGAAUGUACAUUCUCUCAUCGUCAAAGAAGAGUGGAAGUAGUGUGUUGGCAUCCUUCAGCUGAACAUCUUCUUACAACAGUAUCAUAUACAAAUUUAUCUCUAUGGGAUGUGAUUUCACAACAAGAAUUAUUUUCUAAUAAUGAACAUACAGAUGUUAUUCAAUCUUUAAGUUGGAAGCAAGAUGGUGUACUCUUAGCUACAUCUUGCAAAGAUAAACAAGUGAGAAUCAUAGAUCCUCGUGCUUCUACUUGCAUUGUCAAUUGCUGUUCCAGUCAUCAAAGUAUCAAAGAUUCUAGAUGUGUUUGGUUGAAUAACAGUGAUAGAAUACUCACUACAGGAUUUGAUGCAGCAAGAUUAAGACAGAUUUAUAUAAGAGACUUGAGGCAUUUAAAUGAACCUGUAAAAACCUUAGAAUUAGAUUGUAGUACAGGUAUUCUAAUGCCUCUUUUUGAUCCUGAUACAAAUAUGCUUUUUUUGGCUGGAAAAGGAGAUACUACUAUUAUGUACAUGGAAGUUAUGGACAAAGAUCCAUUUUUAGUUGAAGGUAUUCGUCACAGUGGAGAACAAACAAAAGGAGUAUGUUUAGUGCCAAAACGAGCACUAACUGUGAUGCAAGCUGAAGUUAAUAGAUUAUUACAACUCACUUCCACUAUGGUGAUACCUAUUAUGUAUCAAGUUCCACGAAAAACAUACAGAGAUUUUCAUGCUGACAUUUAUCCAGAUACAAUAGGAUGUGUUGCACAAAAUAAUGCAGCAGCCUGGAUUAAAGGACAUAAUAUGUCUGUUCCUAAAAUAUCUUUAGAUCCUGCUAAGAGAAAUAAGGGAGAGGAAUCCAUUACUGUACAUAAAGGAAACUUAGCAACACUCAAAGAAAAUGAACGAGAAAUAAAAAUAGAGCAGAAACAAUUGAAAUCCAUAACUAUUGCUGCAUCAAAAAUUUAUACAAAGACACAAGAAGGGAAUGAUAAAGAAUCAUUAUCUGAGGAUGAUAUUGAAAAAUUAGAAGAUCCAAAGAAAAUAGAAAUUGAAGACGAUAAAAAUAAAGUGCAGAAUGGAGGUCAAAUGAUUCCACCAAAACCUUUGCCAAGGUCAUCAAGAACUAAUAGCAUUUCCGAAGAUGAACCGAAGCCAGUCGCACGUCCUCGAACAUCACCAAAUAUGGGCUCAGUAGUUACAUCCGUGAAUCCUAAUGCGAUUGGAGGAUAUAAGCCUCGACUUGGACCAAAACCGUUUCAAGCAAAAUCAGGUAGUCAAGAAUUUUCUUUUGACAAGAUUUUUUCUGUUCCUAUUGCUCCAAAUAAUGACACAAAUGGUUAUCAAAAUGAUUUAAAUAAUCAAAUAGAGAAUAAUAUUGAACCAGAGAAAUCGCCAUCAUUUAAUAAUGAACGCAUCAAAGAAACAGAAAAUGGAAAAAGUGAUUCCAGUUCUUUGGAAGAAGAUACAAAUUCAAGUGAUUCUGGUUACAAACCAAAAACACCAAGUACUGCAGAAAGACGCAAAGUUUUUGAAAUAAAGAGUAAAGAUGAAUCGCCUGAAAAUGAAGAAUUAGGAAAUUUCGAACGAGGCAAUACAAACAGAAAUUCUAUUGCUGAGAGAAGAAGACUUUACGAAAGUCGUUCUGUAUCUGUAACUGAUGGAAAUUUAGCAGAGAAGGCAAUGGGUUCGCCAACGAUGUUGAGACGUAGAGAUUCCUUUAAAACCAAAAGUGAGGUGAUUAAAGAAGAUGAAGUUAAAAAAGUUAUUUCAAUGUUGCGCCAGCAAAGUAUGGAUCCGCGAUUGGAGAAAGUGGAUAAUUCUGUAACGCCAACGCCAAAGAGAACAUCAACUGUAUUUGGUAAGAAAAAUAUAAAAAUUUUUUAUAAAAUAUAUUUAGUAAUUGAUAUACUUAGUAUAGUACCACUUAGUGGACCAGGUGGCAAAAUAGCAGUUUUAGAAUUGAAGAAAACCGGAAGAUUACCAGAUGGUGUAAUGCCAGCAUUAGUACAUGGUGCCACUGUAAUGGAUUUUCAGUGGAAUCCAUUUGAUAAUCAACGAUUAGCUGUUGCAUGUGAUGAUGGAAUAAUUCGAUUAUGGGAAAUACCAGAAUCUGGAUUAUCAGAACCAACAAAUGAACCAAAAUAUAUCAUAAAGGCUCAUACUGAUAAAAUAUAUUUAAUUAAAUUUCAUCCACUAGCAUCAGAUGUUCUUGCAUCAGCAUCUUAUGAUAUGACUGUGAAAAUUUGGGAUUUGACGCUUUUGUCAUCUUGUGAUACAGCAGUUGCGAAAAUAACACUAAUGUGUCAUACCGAUCAAAUUUUUAGUCUUGCAUGGUCACCAUGUGGUCAAUAUCUUGCAAGUACAUGUAAAGAUGGGAAAUUACGAAUUUACAAACCAAGAUCUAAUGAUGUACCAGUUAAAACUGGGAAAGGACCUGUUGGUACUAGAGGUGCACGAGUUAUAUGGGCAUUGAAGGGACAAUUUCUUGUUGUAUUAGGUUUUGACAAAGUUUCAGAAAGGCAAAUAUAUGUUUUUAAAACGGAUAAUCUUAAUACACCAUUGACAACAGUUGGAUUAGAUGUGUCGCCUGCAAUUUUAAUGCCAUAUUAUGAUGAAGAUAGUUCCACACUUUUCUUAACAGGACGUGGUGAUUCUACAAUAUACGCUUUUGAAGUAACAGAAGAACCUCCAUAUUGUUGUCCACUUAGUCAUCAUCGAUGUAGUACUUUGCAUCAAGGUUUAUCGUUUCUUCCUAAGAAUAAAUGCGAUGUUGCUAGUGUAGAAUUUGCAUCAGCUUUAAGAUUAACAAAUAAUACAAUAGAACCCUUGAGUUUUACUGUUCCGCGUAUAAAGAGUGAACUUUUUCAAGAUGAUUUAUUUCCACCAACUAAAAUUACAUGGAAACCAACUAUGACUGCUACUGAAUGGUUUAAUGGUGCUAACAAGCAAGCUUAUAGAAUAAGUCUAAAACCACCUGGCAUGGACAAUUUAACUGAAAAUCAAGGCCAAGGAAUAGUUACAGCACCUAUUGUAGUAAAGCAACAAUCAACAACACCAUUUUCUGUAUCUACUCAAUCUUUUAAUAGACUAGGAUGGAAUCCUGAUGUGAAAGCUAAACAAGAAGAGAUCCAAAAAACUAUGAGUAACUUUGUGGGCGAUGUAAUACAGUGCUCCUUGGAACAAGAUCAUAUGGAAGGUGUAGAGGAACACGAAUGGGAUGAGUGAAAAUUGGUACCAAUAGGUAAAUAAUCAUAUAAAAAUAAAAGGUAAGAUGAAAUAAAUUUAAAUAUAGCUGUUU